GUUGUAAUAUCCGUUCUAGAACAGAACUAGCUAGCUUGCUGGUAAAUAUGAAUGUGAGGUAUGGUGAGUGAGACCAAACUAAAUAAUUUCGUAACACGUCAUUGGAAUUGCCAAACCACCUCUUUUUUUCGAAUGGUUUUCUGUUGCGCCUCACCGAACAAGUCGUAGCACAAACAAGCAAAAGAGAUGACUGAGAAUUUCGACCGAACUCCAGGCGCAGGUAGAGUCCGUAUAAAGCCAAGAAGGCCCGGCCUCGCAGAUGUAGGAGACUCCACAUCUGUUUUCAACGAGAGUGAGCCUCUACGGCAACCUCGGACGUCUCCACCUUUGACUGAGAACACAAACACUAGUGAAGCUAUCGGGGGAGAAAGCAGAAGACCAAGCAAACCCCACCAAGUCAUUCACAACAACAGCACUCCUGCCUCCAAAGUGAAAAGUGUGGAGACUCUGGUGAAGACCUCCAUUCUGUCAGCCAAUGCACUGGAGUUCUACCCUGCCAGCUUCUCCCCCUAUGAGGAUGGUAGUGAUGGCUAUUAUACUGAGACGACAUUGGCUGAAUUGGUUGAGGAGUUUCUCAGCCACCUAAACUCCUCGCCGGGGUCCUUUGAGAUGGACAUUGAGUACAUAGUAAACAUGCUGAACAGCUGGGUCACUACUGAGGAGACGCUGCAAGAACUGGUGGAACUCAUUUAUACACAAUCUACUGCUAUCCCCAAUUUCUCGUACACAGGGGCAAGGCUCUGUAACUUUCUGUCUCAUAACCUCGUACUCAGCCCAGCAAGUGGAAACUUUCGUCAGCUGUUACUUAAACGGUGUCAGACAGAGUAUGAACAGAGGGAUGUAGCGGUGCGGGGGGACCAGGAGACACAGAAGAAGUUCCAUGCCUAUGUGCUCUUUCUGGGGGAGCUCUACCUCAGACUAGAGGUGAAGAGUGCAAAGGGGCCUCCUUCCCGUGCUGAGAUCCUGCUAACCGCCCUGAGGGACCUGAUGGAUGCCCUCUUAUCUAACCCAGUGGACGGAAACCUAAUCUGUGCUGUCAAACUGCUCAAGUUGACAGGCUCGGUUCUGGAGGAUGCAUGGAAAGAAAACGGGAAGUCUGACAUGGACCAGCUAACCCAGAGGAUUGAGAACAUCUUACUGGACUCCCAGUGCAGCAGAGAUGUGAAGCAGAUGUUAUUGCGGCUGGUGGAGCUGAGGUCUAGUAACUGGGGCAGAGUCCACGCUGCUGCUGCUGCCGACGCUACACCUGACAAUGACCCCAAUUACUUUAUGAAUGAGCCUACGUUCUACACUGCAGACGGCACUCCCUUCACCGCAGCCGACCCUGAAUAUUCAGAAAAAUACCAGGAGAUCCUAGAUAGGGAAGAUGACUAUUUCCCAGAGGAUUGUGAAGAGAAUGGAAAUGAAUCAUCGUUCAAUGACGAGGAUGAGAUGGACCCUGAGAUCGAGGAAGCUUUUGAGAAGUUCUGCCUAGAGUCAGAGAGGAGACAGCGACAAUGAGACCAGCAUGAGAGUGCUGCGAGAGACUGAACUGGCACAUACCUUUCGUGUUUGACUUGCUGGAAUGUUUGCGACUGGAAAAAAUCAAAGAACAAGCGAUAUGUUUUUUUUUUGGGGGGGGGGGGACAAUACAGUGCAUAGUUUGCUCUUCGUGGCACUUCACUUACAGGUUUUUUUUCUGGCUGGGAUUUGUGUUGGUUGGAAGAUAUGGUACAAUCAACUGGAUCAAUAAUCUGCUGAGUUAUACCGACUGUUUUGAGUUUGGCUUUUUUGGGGGGUGGGGGAGUUCCUUCUCUGCUUUUGAUUAUUUCAGAAAGACGUAUUUCCCUUGCUCUUCAUCUUAAUGCCGCAGGGGAAAUGUGUGCUGUGGAUUUCAAACACUACUACGGCUGUGUUUACACAGACACCUUAAAAACCCAACUCUAGAUAUAGAAAGAAAAUCAAUAUUAUUUUCCGACUGUCCACACUCAGUUUUACAUGUGACCCAUAUCAGAUUUGCGCAUUUACACUGAUGUAGCCUCUGAAGUAGCACACGGAUUAAAUGCUAUUACUGUUACUUUACAUUUUGGGGUGGUUGUUCUGAUGACUGCAGGUAAUGUGCCAACAAACAAAAAACUUCUGAGCAAAACUCUGAUCUGAGCGUCCAGACUGAGGUCACAUAUAGAUAAUCAGAAUUGUAUCAGGAUUGAGAUCCACAUAUGGAUGUGGUAUUAAUCUGAAGUCAAAAGAUCAGAUUCCAUGGGGUUUUGUGCUGUUUACACAUUAGGGGAAAUAGCAGAUGGGUGUCAGAUGUGCAAAUAAUUGACAAUCUGAAUAGGCUGCUAUGUCAUCAAAUGUGUGUGGAGUUUGAUUGCAUAUUAACUGUAUAAUCAAUGACAACAUAGGGUUCAGCUACAGGGAAUACUGCAGGGGCUUAUUCAGUUGGAGGCAACACUCAGACUAUUGCAGAUACAAAUGUGAUGUAUAGAACGGAUACUGCACUGCAUCGGAUGUUGCAACAGGGUAAAUAAAUACAGUGUUCAAGAGAAUUGUCUGUUCUAUAUAGUACAUCUCUGCUUUCAAUGUUCUGAAUGUUGCACUACUGAACUCCAGGGCCGUUUGUUAAUUAUACAUCUGAGGAGUUGGCCAUUUAUUUCAGUUUGAUGGUCAACCACCCUUUAUCAGGCUAUGCAUUUUAAGGUGGUGGAUUUGUGAAACUAACAAAUGAGCUUCAAAUACUGAAUACCAACAAGUGGCAGAAAACUGGCCAUAAAAGAGAACUCAAAUGUUGCUUAAACUUUAGGGGUGUUUUUGUUCUUUCUUUUACAGGUUCAAAUUAGCCUUUUUAGAAUGUUAAGUUAUUUAACAGAAUUGUUGAGUAGUACUGUCUGUUGCUGGGAAGUGGGAACGGUAUUGUUUUGAAUCCAAUUUGUCAGUUGAACACGGCUUUAAACCUUUUGCAGUAGGCAGUUUGGAACUGUGAUUAAGAAACCACUGCAACAUAAAUCUCUCAGGGUGGAUUCCACAGCAAAUUUAAAGUUGUUUUUACCAUCAUCAAUUGAUGAAACACAUUAAAAGGAAUGUUUGUUUUAUAGUUUGUAAAUAUUCACAGUAUUGUUUGUCUGCAAUAAAUUAUUUAUAAUAUGAAUAUUUCACUGA